AUGAUAUCUGCAAAAAUCCGCUGGAAGUACUUUUCUGCGCUCUUUAUGUGCGUUAUUUGUACUAUUUAUCUUAGGCAUCACCACGAAUGCUAAACUCAAAAGUAUAACUAAGGAUAAUGACAAAUUAGCUCACUUUGUAGCCUUUUUUGUGGAUACUUGGUUGUUUGUAAGAUGCAUUGUUCCGAAGUACAUUGAUACCGAGGCUAUAUUUGGACGCUUUGGGCCGCUUCGUCGUAUAGUAGCGUAUGGGGACUUGGAUUCUGGCCAAACUGUGAUGGUCUAUAGAAUUCCUAAAUACGUGCUCGUUAUUGGACUUGUGAUAGUUGCUGCAGUCGGCAGCGAGUUACUGCAGCCUGUUUUAUCAGGAGGUAAGAGGACUUUUGAUGUUUGGGACAUAGCGGGGAAUCUCCUUGGCGGAUUAACGGGCGUAGCAGGAGGUUACCUAUGCGAAAUGUAA